GGAAUUUUCAUUUUGGGUAUAAAUCCUAACAAACUUUACCACAAGGCUUAAAUCGUUUUUUACCACAUGAGCUAUCUUCUAACUAUCCUAUUACCACACGGGGACUAAUAAUCCAAUUGGGCCUAUUUAUUUAACUAGUCUAGCUUGUUUCUUAACUUGUUUCCCUCCCAAUUAUUGGAUUAAUAUUACUAACACGAAUCUCCCACCCCAUUUUUUUUUUUCAAAAAAGCUUGUAUUAUGCGAAUGCAGUUUGUGGGUUAGGCUCAGUUAGUUAGGCCGUCCUCCUGUAUCCAAACAGAAACCAAAAAUACUUGAAGCAUCUUGCAUCCUUCCUCUCAGAAACAAGUUCUCAGAUUUGAAUCAUUUAAUUUUUCAUCAUGCCAAAGCAAAGCAUGCCCAGCUUUCCAUGAUUUUUUUUUUUUCAGUUAACAUAUGUAAAGAAUAUACACAAAAAGGGACCAAACCAAACUCGAAACCACAUCAAGCCAAACAUUUUUGUAUUGGAAUUAUUCUGAUUCCUGACUUUCACUAUGUUUAUUAAGAGCAUAUCCAAGAGAGUCUACAAAACUAAAUUUAUAGUGCCACGUAUGAUUUUUUUGUGCUACAACAAAGUUGUAAAAUGAGUCUUUAAAUUUGAAAAAAUGUCCUAUACUUUCUAAAAAUAAAAUACUAAAAGAAGGUCACACGUAGCUCCCACACUAUAAUCCGUAAUGAGAUACCUAUAAACCAUGAAUUUGUUUGACUAGAAAUUCGCCGCCAUCAAUAAUUAAGAUUGGUGUAAAAACCCACAUUCCUACCCUAAUUGAGUUACAAGCCCCUGCAGCCUUAAAGCGCUUUAAAAAUAAAAUAAAAAACUUAAAGCGGCUCCAGUGAGGAAAAAAAAAAAAAAAAAAAAACCCUUACUAGUGUUUUGGUAUUAUCAAAACAAUUUAAGUGUUUGUCCAAGAAGCGCUUGCAUUUCAAAUAAAAAAAUUGUUUUUAAUAAAAGCGCUUAGAAGGAGAAGUUCUUCUCGUAAAAGAAUUUCAAAGGGGUCAUCCCCCGUCAGUGGCUUGUUUGCCCAACACGAUAUGAGUGUACAUGAAAGGACCACUUCCAAACGAGCCUAAGCCCUACAACUGCCAUGGUCACUUCAAAUAACUCUUCGACCAAGAAAACCCAAUUCCAUAUUCUUCUGGGUUAACAAACUUCAACUCCUAAUCUCUCAAUCCAUAGGUUGAUCAACAGUUUUAUCAGCCUCGCAAUUCUCUUGGUCUAAAACUUGAUCACCUGCCUACCAGUAACUUUGACAUUAAACAAGAAAUUUUAACGCGGGACAUUGACUUUAACCAAGAAAUUUUAAUGCAGGCCGUAAGCACAAAAUGGCGAUACAACGUUCUUGCUUCCCAAGCAAUUGAUCAAUCAACGCGACGUGUAACAUACGUUGGAUGACCGGCUAAAUCUUCCGGAUUUGUAGUAGAGUAAACAAGUUUCCAAACCCUCUCCAAGCUCAACAAGGAGUUGGUUGAAAAUUGAAAUGGUUAGGUUUGGCAAGCGUAGCUAUCAGCAAUAGAUUAGCUGCUUAUAAAUACAGAGUUUUGAAAACACAUUAACUGUAAUCAGUUUAUCUUGCUGUAAUUAGUUCUUAAUCUUCAUCUCAAAGUUUUCUUUCUCCGUAACUGCAAUUUUAACAGAACAAAAAAGAGAAGUGAAAAUGCAGAUGAAGAUUGAGAGAGUCUCUGAAGAUCAAUGCAAACCAUCAUCUCCGAUUCCAGACAACCUUAAGAGCUACAAACUCUCUUUGCUAGAUCAGAUAGCUCCCAUGUUUUAUGUGCCAGUCAUUCUUUUCUACUCAGCUCCUGCAAACAUUGACGAUACCACCAUUGUUGAUAAGCUGAAGAAAUCUUUAUCAGAAACCUUGACCAGUUUCUACCCUUUGGCCGGAAGGAUUGAGGGCAAUGCAUCUGUGGAUUGUGAAGACGGAGCUGUUGUCUUCACAAGAGCUAGAGCUAACAUUUAGCUCUCUGAGAUACUAAAAAGUCCGGAAAUGGAUUUAGUGCAACAACUUCUUCCACUUGAUCCCUACAAUAUUAGAAUGGACAAGGCAGUUGCAGCGAUGGCCGUUCAAUUGAACUUCUUUCACUGCGGUGGCAUGGGCAUUGGAAUCUGCCUUUCCCACAAGAUCGCAGAUGGUGCAACAUUGUCUUCGUUCCUUGAUGCUUGGGCUACAAGGUCACGUGGUGUUUUUGAAAACAUCACUCCCUCCCUAAAUUCAGCCACCAUCUUUCCACCUAGGGACAAACAAAUCUUCAUGCCAUCCAAUUUGAUCAAGAGAGAAAAGUUCGUGACAAAGAGGUUUGUGUUUGAUGCAUCCAGCUUGGCCAAGCUGAAAGUCAAAGCAUCCAAGGGUUUGUGCACGGACAGCCAUGCUCCUACUCGUGUGGAAGCUCUGACAGCCCUUAUAUGCAAGUCUAGCAUGAACGCAAAGAUUGGUACAUUGGGUAGGGGCAGGCCAUCAAUGGCGAUAUCCCAUGUGGUGAAUUUAAGGGAACGAAUGGCUCCACCUUUGCCAGAGCAUUCUUUUGGUAAUAUCUGGCGGGUUGCUGUUGCAUCCAUAAUGAAAGAUGAAAGCAAACCAGAGUUGCAUGACUUCGUGGUUCGAUUAAGAAAAGUAAUAAGGAAGAUCGAUGAUGAUUGUGUGAGGAAACUGCAAGGUGAAGAUGGGUUUUCACAUGCUUGUGAGCCUCUAAAAGAAACGAGUGAAUUGGUCUGCGAUGGAGAGGUUGAGUUUUUCAGGUUCAGCAGUUGGAUUAGGUUUUCCCUGUACAACACUGAUUUCGGAUGGGGAAAACCCACCUGGGCAUGCAUUAGUAAUGUGCCCAUCAAGAAUGUUGUCAUACUGUUGAGUAGUAGCUCGGGUGACGGAAUAGAAGCAUGGGUGACCUUGGACAAAGAAGACAUGGUUAAAUUUGAACAUGAUCACGAGCUUCUAGAAUUUGCUUCUGUGGCACCAAGCUCUUAAACCUAUGUAACUAGGUUUAUGUCUUCCAGCCAGUCCUAUGGUUCAACUAAUUGAUGUACAUAGUUUACACAUUUGUAAAUUACCAUCAUUUGCUCA